AUGGAGAUCCAAUUCUCGAUCCCUAUCAAAGGCGGGCGAUCCAACAGCUCAGCUGGGGCGGCACUCAUCGUUUUGCCUUGGAGACGAGGGCUCGACAUACCCGGCGCAGCUCAAGCAGAGCACGCACGGGAUGUGCUACUUGCAAGUAAAAAGCGACACGUCAAGUGUGACGAGACAAAGCCAUCUUGUCUCAACUGCUUGAAGUGGAAAGGUUCUUGCGAUGGCUACGUCGAUGCCUCGGCGCAUUCUGAGACCGCCGCCACUGAACCACGACCACGCCCUGCAGCCUCCAAGGCCAAAUCAGCCUCAAAUUCAGCGGCUAAGCCCCGAGCCGCAUCAAGGAUAAAGGUCACCACAGGUUCCACGGCUGUUGUCAGCACGCGGAUACAAACAAUUCCCGAGGAACCAUCUAUCAACACUAUCUGCUUUACAAGCAGCGAGCAGCGAUCCUACUUUGACGAAUGGUCGACCCUUAGUGUUAGCUUCCUCAGCGGAGGCUUGGGGGAUUCUCGGUUAUGGACUACGACAAUGCCUCAACUGACACUACAGGAGCCCUCGUUGAGAUAUGCUGCCAUGGCCGUCGGAGCACUGCGCAAGGCCUCAAAUGUCGACUUUGAAGCUUCGUCGCCUGGCAAUGAGCUUGUGGGUAAUAACAAACACUAUCUCAACGCUAUUGUCUAUUACUGCGAGGCUCUUCAAUUACAAGCCAAGGCCAGACCCACCAAGGAAGGCCUGCGAACAGCUAUGUUGGCAUCCCUCCUAUUCAUCUGCUUCGAAGCCCAGCGGGGAAAUAUGCCAGCAGCUCUCAAGCACAUCACCCACGGUUUCAGCAUGCUCAAUGAGCUCGCCGCUUGUUCCGAUAAAGCUCCUGGCCUUGUGAGAAUCGCCCCAGCACCUCCUGCGCUUGUCCAGGAGAUAUUGGACUGCUAUAAGCCCUUGGAAUUGCAGUCACGGUCUUUCAUGGGCUCUUAUAAGAAGUUCUUCUUUCCACCUAAACCACCGGGGGUUGCGGCACAUCAAGCUCCUCCAAGUCAGGUUGCCAGCCCUCACACUGCGUCCAGUCCAGCGAGUCAGCCCGGCACGCCGUGGGCAGGUGCACCUUCGAAUCAACAGAACCCCACCGGUCUGCCAAGUCCGCAAAGCCAAGCAAGUCCACAGGCAAUGUCAGACCAGCAGACACCACCACGAGCCCCUCCUCAAAGGCCUCCUGGUAUUGCGCCGUUUACGAAGCAUUCUCCUUACUUCAGACCUAGGCAGACCAAUAUCACUGUGAUCGAUGAGAUGCCUCCGGCAUUCAGCUCGUUGGACGAAGCCCAUGGCUACUGGACUCUACUGCAGAGGCAACUUGUCCAAUACAUCCCUCUUCUGACUGCGACCACAGCACAACUGGCUUUGCCAAAGGUCAAGGACAUGACAGAACUGAAAGCUAAACUGUCCGGUGUGACUCAAAAUCCGCGAAUUGCCAAGUUCCUGGAGGAGUCGAGAUACUGGCUCAACAGAUGGUCGAACUCAUUCAGCCCUCUACUCCAGGUCGCCGCGGACAAUCGACAGGAUAACAUGCAGCCUUAUCUACGAGCCAUCAAUCUUCACAUUGAGUUUCUGAUUCUAUACGUAUAUACUGCCAUGCCUCGAUACUCCAACCUCGAAACUGCAAAGGAUCUCACGCCGCAAUAUCGAGAGAUCAACGUCAUAGCCGAGACACUGAUCGCGUCUCGUCCUAAUUGUGGCUUUGCAAUGGACUCGGGCUGGACUUGGCCACUGUUCGUAUCCGCCUUUGGCUGCCGAGACCCAGCAGUGAAAGAGGAUGCAAUCCGCAUUCUAGCAAAAUAUCCUGUUAGAAACGCCCUCCGAGAUAGUCGAGUGUUUCGCGCUAUUGCGCUGAAGAACUGGGAAGUCGAGGCCAUGAACGCGAUGGAGGAUGACGAGGAUGAGCAGUGGCUACGCCUCAGGAGGAGAGAGCUCGUCUUUGAAGAUCUCGGCAUGAACAUCAUCUUCCGGUAUGCUGAGAAGAGUCAGGUGACUGGAGAGUGGGAGCUUGUUGAGGAUGUGGCAGCCUUCAUGGUGAGCGAUGACGGACAGCUCGAUUGGCAUAGACAGCCUAUUUCGGAGUCGGUUUCGAUUCUUUCGGGUGUUUGUUAG